CUGACGUUCGUGCAAAUCACACCAUUAAGGUUCAACACAAUGAUCUCAAUAGCCGACAUAUCUGAAGCAAGUGCGACAGAGUUUGUGAAAUCCGUACUUUCACUAUAUCACGGUCCCUGCGUCAAGAUUCGAAUUAAUCCUGGCAACAAUGAAUACACGGUUUCGAAACAACUUCUCUGCAGAGAUUCCGAAUAUUUCCAAGCAAUGUUCACAGGUGAAUUCAAGGAGAAACAAGAGCAGACAGCCAUCCUGGAAGAGGUUGAAGGUGUCGUCUCAGCGCAAAGUCUCGAAGCACUCUUGCAGUGGAUAUACAUCCGCCGGGUUAAAUUUAAUGUGGAAGUGCCGGAAGACCAAAUUUCAGCUGCAAUAGAACUCGCAAGGUUCGCAGAUAUGUGCACCGUCGCCUGUUUAGAAUUCCAAAUGGCCCAACAGAUCAAGGAAAUCCUUAAAACCAACCCGCAUCCCAAGCCUGUUACAGGGAAAUAUGUCAAUAGAAAUACCUAUUGUCUCACAACUGAGCAUAUCAGAUCGGCAACCUUCUUGCCUGAAGGGCAUGCGGUGCGUCAGGUUUUAGCUGCAGCCUCGGCUGAGGGAUUUUUUCGAGACAAGAACCACAAAUUCAAGGAAGAGGUCCAGGCAUAUCCCACGUUUGGAGCUGACGUCCUUCAAGAAGUGAGAAAAGCACUGGAUACGCUCAACGUCGUUGACUACGGGGCUACCGUUGAAGGUUCUAUAAGCGGGGAAAGAGUAAGGAUCAAUUGGGUUUAUGAUUAUUGAUAUGACUGUAAAUAGCAUGAGUUAUUUACCUGGUGGAGGGG